AUGGGGAAUGGGCACUGGGAAUGGGCACUGGGAUGGACUGGGAGGGGACUGGGAGUGAACUGGUCCAAACUGGGAGUGAACUGGUCCAAACUGGGAGGAAACUGGUCCAAACUGGGAGGAAACUGGUCCAAACUGGGAGGAAACUGGUCCAAACUGGACCGGCUGUACUUUGUGAUGGAGUACGUCACCGGCGGCGACCUCAUGUACCACAUCCAGCAGGUCGGGAAGUUCAAGGAGCCGCACGCGGCUUUUUACGCGGCUGAAAUCGCCAUCGGCCUCUUCUUCCUGCACAACCAAGGGAUCAUCUACAGGGAUCUGAAGCUGGAUAACGUCAUGCUGGACGCUCAGGGCCACGUGAAAAUCACCGAUUUCGGGAUGUGCAAGGAAAACAUUUUCCCGGGAAACACCACCCGGACUUUCUGUGGAACCCCCGACUACAUCGCUCCAGAGAUUAUCGCCUACCAACCCUAUGGAAAAUCCGUGGAUUGGUGGAGCUUCGGCGUCCUCCUCUACGAGAUGCUGGCGGGGCAGCCCCCGUUCGACGGCGAGGACGAGGAUGAGCUUUUCCAAUCCAUCCUGGAGCAGACGGUGACGUAUCCCAAAUCCCUGUCCCGCGAGGCCGUGGCCAUCUGCAAGGGGUUCCUGACGAAACAUCCCGGGAAAAGGUUGGGAGCGGGGCCGGGGGGGGAGCAGGAGGUCCGGGCUCAUCCCUUCUUCCGCCGCACGGAUUGGGAACGCCUGGAGCGCCUGGAGGUGCCGCCCCCCUUCACCCCCCGCCCGUGCGGUCGGAACGGGGAGAAUUUCGAUCAUUUUUUCACGCGGGCGCCGCCGGCUCUGACGCCCCCGGACGCGCUGGUCCUGGCGGGGCUGGACCAGGCCGAGUUCGAGGGGUUCAGCUUCACCAACCCCGACUUCCCUCAGCCCUCGGGAUCCCUCGUCUGA